ACUGAGAGGUUAUGUCGGCGUCACAUCUGAGUUUGUUUUGAUUCUCGACAAGGCUAUAUUUAUCACUUUAUCUCUGUUCUUCUGGAAAUUCUCAUUAAAUAUCCGUCAAUUGCGCCAGAUAAACACUCGACGCUAUCAUGGGUGGUGGUGAUUUGAAUGCCAAGAAGUCCUGGCAUCCCAACACGCUGAAGAACCAGGAGCGCGUGUGGAAGGUGGAGCAGGCGGAUGCGGCCGAGAAGAGGAAGAUGGCAGAGCUGCAGAAGGAGAUCUCGGAGGAGCGCAGCCGGGAGGAGUUGAAGAAAAUAGCACACACCUCCGGAGUCAUUGACAUGGGUGAAGAUAAGAAGCUGGAGUGGAUGUACAAGGGCCCCACGGAGUUGGUGAAUCGCGAGGAGUACCUCCUGGGCAGGCCCGUGGACAAGACCUUCGAGCAACUCACCGCGGAAGCGGACAAUCAGUUGAUUGGCGUGACUGUGCCCAAGAAUCACGUCGAGCACGAGUGCAUACCGUUCUCCAUCCGGGCGUUUCGGGGCACUCAGGGUGGGGAGCAAGUGGACAUGGCGCGGAAGAUCAUGGAGGAUCCCCUGAUGGCGAUAAAGCAGAAGGAAAUGGAGUCGCGAAGGAAGAUUCUGGAGAAUCCCGUGAAACUCAAGGAGUUGCACAGAUUGCUGAAGAAGGAUCAGCCCAAAUCGUCGAAGAAGAGCAAGAAGAAGGACAAGAAGAAGCGGAAGAGGAGGAGGAGCUCAAGUUCUGACUCUGAUGGUGGCGAUUUGGAUGCAUUGUUGGCGAAAAAGUACAAGAAAAUCCAAUCCGUGAUCAAUGACGAGAAGGGAGAGGCGAAUUUGGACCUCAAUCAGCUGCUGGAGGACAAGUAUGACAAGCUGUCCAAGGAGCUAGACAAGAUGGGAAGCAAGAAGAAGCACAGCAAGCGCAAGAGGAGUCCUUCGCCGGUGCGAUCCAGGCGAGUGAUGGAUGACGACGAGGGAAGCUCGAGGAUAGUCACGAAGAAUUACGGGCUGGUGUCUGCCGAUGGGAAGUCCAUCAGGAUUGAGGGGAAACAUCGCCGGGAGGAGCGAUCCAGGCCGUCAGAGACUGAGACGAGCUCGCGAAAGGCCAAAGCCUGGACACGACCGGAGCGCCAGCGUCUCACGGAGGCGGAGAAGGAGGCGAAGCGCCGGGAGAUGAUGGACAACGCUGUGUGGCGAGAUCGGGAGCGCGAGAGGAACGUGAGGCGCUAUCGGGAGGAUGAUCGCGUGCAGAAGGCCAGGGAGGAGGGCCGUGAAUUCGACAGGAACUUCAUCAACAAGGAGCUCCACAAGGCCGUGAGUCGGGAGACCGUGGAGUCGCGCAUCAAGAGCAACGUGAACAACAUCCAGCGCUCCUCGCACUCCAUGAACGCCAAUUUCGCUCGGCGGUAGGCAGAGAGCAGCGGGCGUCUUAGUGACGAACCGCCCCAACCCCCCGGACGGAGAGGCAUCGAGGGAAAGUGGGUCAGGGAGAAAGUGUUCCCCACUGGGGAGCUAAAAAUAUACACACACGGCACACGGAGUGCUGGCGAAGGCAGCAUUCGCCCUGCUCUCGGAGAGAGGCCGUUCACCCCCCCGAAGGAAGAAGAAAUGCCAGGAGGAAUCGAGGGACUUUUCGGGACUCAACCCCAAUAAUUUCGUUGAUGUGACGACAAAGGAGGGCGCGACCACCCUUACUAUCCACGCAUCCCAAGAUGCGCGCAAGCCAAGGAAUUCUCUGCAGCAGUUCAACGACCCUCGUGAGCUUUCUCUUUCGGGGAAAAAUAUAGGUUGGUCGGGAAACAUUUUCGCCCACAAAUUUUCGGGGGUGCGUUGCGUGUGUGUGCGUGUGUGCGUUAAGGGAAUUGAAUUUUCGAUGGGGAAGAAUAAAGAAUGAGGGUAGAGAGGAAGUGUUUGGCUGACAUCCUUGCCAUCCAGAGAGAGAGAGAAAGGAAUGGGGAUUAUUACAGGCCGAGAAGAGGGAUAUAUUCAACAUUCUUAUCAGGAAUGUAUCUAAUUUCCCAAUUGAACAAUGAGAUGUUUGUUCUAUUGCAAGUCUUCCUUCGCGCGCGUUUCUCCAUAUUUCGGAUUUCUUAUCAUUUGCUGUGUUGAAAAUUGUGUAUAAAAUUAAUCGGAAAAGAAACCGCCAUAAAUGUUAUAAAAGCAAGAAAGG